AGAUUGUUGCGAGGCAGCGGCCGGCGGCACAGUAUGGCGGACGCAGUGUCCCCGCUCCGGCGGGGUUCCGCCCGCCCCACGUGGGUGCGGGCCCGCAAGGCUCGGCCCCAGCUGAUGCUGAGCCACCGGUCCCGCCGCCGGCUCGGGGCCCUGAGCAAGUGUGGCCGACGGCGGCUGAGACGACGGCUGCUGCAGGUCCAGGCGGCCGGCGUGGACUGGAGGGAAGGCCACUGCUCGGGGGCGCUCGCCGAGACCCCCCGGAAGCCCAAGGCCGCGACCCCCAGCCCGGCUCCGCGCCCGCUGCCGGAUCCGCUCCCCGCGCCAGCCACCCCCUCCUCCUUCCCCAUCCCGCCUGUGCGAGCGGUGGGGCCGGGCCGUGUGGUGCUGCUGCUGCCGGCGGAACAGGGUUUUACUUUUAGCGGGAUCUGUCGAAUGACUUGCCUCUAUGGUCAGGUGGAGGUGCUGGGUUUUGUCGUCAGCCAAGGCCAGCCUGCCCAGGACAUCUUUUCUACCUAUACCCACUCCUGCCUGACAAUCAAUGCAGUCCAUUACUCCAUGCCUGAGAAGAACAAGAAGGACAUCAGAAAGGAAGCCCGGGCUUUGCUCAGGCCACAUCUUAACCUGGAGGACAGGUCCUGGGCAAUGAAGAAUUUUUCUCCUUCGUGUUCCAUUGUGCUGCUGGAACGUUUGAAGAGUACCACCGUGAACUUCAUAACCAGCUACCCAGGCACGGCUGCCGUUUUCGAGCAGGAGCCCACUUCCCAGGUCACCGCCGAAUGCUUAGUCCUGAAGUCUGUCGGCAUCAAAAGAGAGAGAAAGAGGAAAGGCCUUCUGUUAACGGCGAGCGCCCUCUCAUCCCUGGAGGAGCUAGUGAGCGUGUCCUGCGAGGAGGCCGACGGCUGCCCCAUCAUCCUGGUCUGCGGCCCGCAGGACGUGGGCAAGUCCACCUUCAGCAGGUGCCUGAUCAACCAGCUGCUGAACAGCAUUUCCUGCAUUGACUACUUGGAAUGUGAUCUGGGCCAGACGGAAUUCACUCCGCCGGGCUGCAUCUCUCUGCUGAAUAUUACGGAACCAGUUCUGGGCCCACCUUACACCCACCAGAGGACACCGCAGAAGAUGGUGUAUUACGGGAAAACUUCUUGCAAAAACAACUGUGAGAACUACAUCGAUAUAAUCAAAUACGUGUUCAGCGCCUACAAGAGGGAGGCCCCGCUGAUCGUCAACACAAUGGGCUGGGUGACAGACGAAGGCCUCCUGCUCCUCAUCGACCUCAUCCGGCUGCUGUCACCCAGCUACGUGGUGCAGUUCAGCUCCGCCCAGCACAGGCAGAUGCCCGACCUCAGCCCGGGCUAUGUGGACGACAUGGACGGGCUCUACACCAGGAGCAAGACCUGGAGCCGGGCGCGCGGCUUCCCCCUCGCGGAGUUCGCGGACAGCGCGGAGUUCGCCGAGGAGGACAAGGACAGCCCGGCCCUCUUUACUGGAUAUAAGUUGUUGCGCGUGAAUUCCGAGUUCUGCUACCGGAAAACUUCACGGAAUCGGGCCUCACAUAAUAAGAUAUUCCGAGACCUGACAGUGUUAGCGUACCUUGCCCAGAUGCUGCCCCCUGCGCCUAGGCCGCUUCGUCCUCUGCAUGGCCUCACGCCCUAUCAGGUUCCUUUCAAUGCCGUUGCACUGAGGAUCACGCAUUCUGACGUUGCCCCCACCCACAUCCUGUACGCGGUCAAUGCCAGCUGGCUGGGGCUGUGCAGGAUCCUGGAUGAUGUCCAAGGCUACACACGGGGGCCCAUCCUGCUGGCCCAGACGCCCAUCUGCGACUGCGUGGGCUUCGGGCUCUGCAGGGGCAUCGACAUGGAGAAGCGGCUGUACCACAUCCUCACCCCGGUACCCCCCGAGGAGCUGCGGACCGUGAACUGCCUGCUGGUGGGCGCCGUGUCCCUCCCGCAGUGCGUCUUCACCAGUCAGCACGGGUUCAAGGGGACAGUUCCCUACGUCACAACAGAUUACAAUUUAAACCUUCCUGGAGCGUCAGAGAAAAUCGGGGAAAGAGACAGCGAUAAACUGAAGCUGCCCAAAGGGAAACUGCACCCCAGGUCCAAGUUCCAGCGGAAGAUGAGGUCUCUCAGGGCGAAGGACUCCGAGGCCCAGCCGAGCCACAGCGCAGCAGAGGCACACCCAGCACGGGCCUGCUCUUCGAGGGACUCCUGAGCCACGCAGAGUGGGAGACCAGGGGCUCGGCUUCCCUGUGGCAGCCCUGUAACCAGCCUCAGUGCUGCCCUCCGUACGGCCACACACUGGCUGUUGGGAGCGUUCUCUGCAGCAGGGGGAAGCUCCAGACCCUGCACACACAGGGACAGUUAGGAAGCUCUUCAAGGACCUGCUUGUUGGCAUCAGGAUAAAAAGCAGGAGUCGGGGCCCAAAGGUGCCCCAGGAGGCUGGCAGGCUGGACUGGGGAGCAUGGGGAGGUGCAGGUCAGAGCCGAUCCCCACCUGGUGCUCCUGUCCUGUGGGUGGAGCUGGGCUUGGGACCCCCGCAAGGGGAGCAGCUCCAGGAGCGUGGCCGGUGCCGGGUCUGUCCCUCUUGGCAGUCCAUCUCCCUGUCCUCUCAGAAGUGGUCUUAUGAGCAGGAGCGAGGGACUGAGUCCCCAGUCUGUGUGUGAGGUGGAGGAGGUACCGGGGAGCCCUGUGACAGUGUGGCCCGCUAAGCCCCCGGGACACGGGGUGCCCCAGGACAGUCCCCUGCCCUUGCUGUCCUUGCUGUCCUCGCCCUCGGGACUCUGGACCCGGAGUGCAGGCCUCAAGACUCAGCUCAGGCCCUGUCCAGUGUUUUGGGCCAUUCAAGGCCCAGCUUCUCAGAUGUCACUCACAGUUCAUUUUGGCCCCUGGCUGUCUCCCAUCCUGACCUUGCAAAGAAUGUGAAGGCAGCCACCCCCAUCCCCCUUAGUGCUGCUGUCCCAUGUCCACCUGAGGUCUUGAGGCUCAAAACGCUAGCGCUGUGGGCAGGGAGGGGAGAUGUCCCGCCAGGGGGAACCCUGGACUGCCAUCUUGUGGCUGUGGGCGGAGCUGUCUGAGGAACCCUGGGGUUUGGAAGUUUCUGCUGGCACUGUGGGGAUUGGGGACAAGGGUCCUUUGUGCUUUGCAGUUUCUGUUUUUGAGAUCAGGUCUCUAGCUCAGGCUACCUCGGGGACCCUGGUCCUUCUGCCUCAGCCUCCCAAGUGCUGGCAUGACAGGUGUGUGUCACGUGCCCAACUCUGAUGCUGAUGUCAUUAAGAUGUAGUCUGUGGGAAAGGGUAAAUUCAGGACCAAAUCCAGGGCCUCUGGAUACUUCAUGUUUGCAGAGUCUAAGUCCCUAGGUUGCUGGCUGGGCUCCUGUUGUGUUCCUGCCUCAGCCUCAGAGUGUUGGGCUUGCAGCCCCUCACAGCUGCAGCAGUGAUUGUAGUUGUACAAUUGAUCGAUGGGUUCAUGUUACCAGGUUUGGGCGGUGAUGGUGUCCGUUCAGCAGCCUACUGUAUCAAGUGGAACUCUGAGCUGGAAUCCCAGCUCUGCCACUGCAGGCACCAUCCCUUUGAGGGAGGUGGGUGACUGCGCCAGGGCACGGUGGCAGCACAUGCCCGUGACGAGGGCAACCGCAGUUUGGAGUCCAGCCCGAGUUGCAGAUUGAGACCCUAUUGCAACACCCUUCCUCCCCCAUAAGCUGCGUAGCCAGACCUGUUCGCUGCUGUGGGAUGGAACAGCUGCUCACCUCGUCCGUGCCACACCCGGUCUCUGGUGACAGAGCCCAGUGACUGCCAGGGCAGGGCCGUGUGAGACCUGGGUGUCCUGCUCAGGCAGAGGCCACUGGUGUCACUUCUGGGGCCUCACCCCCCAUCCGUAGGAAGGGGUCCCGCCCCAGCACACCCCGCUCUGGGCACUGGGCCCUCAAGUCCACUGUUCCUUUGUGCGUUUUAUACGGUUGUGUCCCGGUCCCUGUACAGUUUCUAACACCUCCCAUUUGUAUGUGAACUUCUGCGUCAUUAAAGCUCUUUGAGAACUGA